AACACAAAGGUACUGGACACAAAUCAAUGCAGUCAUACUGAGUUACGAGUUUGGAGUAGAAGAAAGCUGAUUGAUUCAGGCUGACACGUAUUAAUAUCAUAAGCAAAAUGUUUCGAUUUAUGUUUCUGGUCUACUUGUUCGCAUCGCCUGGUUCACCCUCAUCCACCACUACCACUAACCCAAAUGAAUCUACUACUGGAGCUAUAGGAACUGGACAACCACAACCCAUAACACAACAAUUCCCAUCCAAUGCCACCAACACAGCUGAAUCCACUACUGAAGCUACAGAAUCUACAACAACUCUGGGGAUGACUACAUCAACCACCUCUCCUACCACUACAUCAACCACAUCCCCUACCACUACUGAAGCUACAGAAUUUACAACAACUCUGGGGAUGACUACAUCAACCACCUCUCCUACCACUACUGAAGUUACGGAAUCUACAACAACUCUGGGGAUGACUACAUCAACCACCUCUCCUACCACUACAUCAACCACCUCUCCUACCACUACAUCAACCACCUUUCCUACCACUGCUGAAGUUACAGAAUCUACAACAACUCUGGGGAUGACUACAUCAACCACCUCUCCUACCACUACAUCAACCACCUCUCCUACCACUACUGAAGUUGCAGAAUCUACAACAACUCUGGGAAUGACUACAUCAAUUACCUCUCCUACCAGUACUGAAGUUGCAGAAUCUACAACAACUCUGGGGAUGAUUACAUCAACCACCUCUCCUACCACUACUGAAGUUGCAGAAUCUACAACAACUCUGGGGAUGACUACAUCAACCAACUCUCCUACCGCUACAUCAACCACAUCCCCUACCACUACUGAAGCUACAGAAUCUACAACAACUCUGGGGAUGACUACAUCAACCACCUCUCCUACCACUGCUGAAGUUACAGAAUCUACAACAACUCUGGGGAUGACUACAUCAACCACCUCUCCUACCACUACAGCAACCACCUCUCCUACCACUACUGAAGCUACAGAAUUUACAACAACUCUGGGAAUGACUACAUCAACUACCUCUCCUACCACUACUGAAGUUGCAGAAUCUACAACAACUCUGGGGAUGAUUACAUCAACCACCUCUCCUACCACUGCUGAAGUUACAGAAUCUACAACAACUCUGGGGAUGACUACAUCAACCACCUCUUCUACCACUACACCAACCACCUCUCCUACCACUACUGAAGUUGCAGAAUCUACAACAACUUUGGGGAUGAUUACAUCAACCACCUCUCCUACCACUGCUGAAGUUACAGAAUCUACAACAACUCUGGGGAUGACUACAUCAACCACCUCUCAUACCACUACAUCAACCACCUCUCUUACCACUACUGAAGUUGCAGAAUCUACAACAACACUAGGGAUGACUACAUCAACCAACCCUCCUACCAGUACAAGUACAACUGCUGAAACAACAUCAAUCACCCUCUUAACACCUACACCUGCUACAUCAACCACCCCUCCUACCAGUACAAGUACAACUACUGAAACAACAUCAACCACCCUCUUAACAACUACACCUGCUACAUCAACCACCCCUCCUACCAGUACAAGUACAACUGCUGAAACAACAUCAACCACCCUCUUAACAACUACACCUGCUACAUCAACCACCCCUCCUACCAGUACCAGUACAGUUGCCCAAACAACAUCAACCACCCUCUUAACAACUACACAUACUACAUCAACCACUCCUCCUACCAGUACAAGUACAACUGCUCAAAUGACAUCAACCACCCUCUUAACAGCUACACCUACUACAUCAACCACCCCUCCUACCAGUACAAGUACAACUGCUGAAACACCAACUACCUCUCCUACCACUAAUACACCUGUUACAUCAACCACCCCUCCUACCAGUACAAGUACAACUGCUGAAACACCAACUACCUCUCCUACCACUAAUACACCUGUUACAUCAACCACACCUUCUACCAGUACAAGUACAACUGCUCAAACAACACCAACCACCCCUCCUACCAGUACCAGUACAACUGCUCAAAUGACAUCAACCACCCUCUUAACAACUACACCUACUACAUCAACCACUCCUCCUACCAGUACAAGUACAACUGCUGAAACAACAUCAACCACCCUCUUAACAACUACACCUGCUACAUCAACUACCCCUCCUACCAGUACAAGUACACCUAAACCAACUACAUUAACCGACACAACUACAUCUGUGCAAAUCGCACCAGAGAAAUCUACACUAAGCCCCUCCACUGCACUUCCUCAGAAUUUAACAUCAGUCUUCGGAAAUCUCAUGUUAACUUCUGUGGUUGAACUUAACAAUGACAGAGCUAUAAUAGUAAUGGAACAGUUUGAAAAGUACCUUCAGACACAGAACAUCACUGUGAAGAUUAAAGUGACACAUGUGGAGCAAGUUGGGGGUGAUGAGUAGGCUAGGCUAGUUGAUAAGGACAGUCAAUCAGAGUUUUUCUUGAAGAGCUGAAUGACCUGUUAUCUGUGACUUGCAUUGAGUAUAAUGUCUUAUCAUAUAUAUAGCAGGGAAUGUGAACUUCCAUAGAUAUUGCAGAGAAUAAUUUUACCAAGGAUUUCCUUACUCUUCUUGACACUGGCGAGUCACGCUGCUCCGUCCUGUUUUCGAUGAUUUUCAUAAUUUUAGUAAUGUUUAGUGUGCUUGGCUAAUUGAACUAAUUCACAGUUUAUAGAUGCUAUUUUCAUUCUUAUAGUCUUUGUCUAUCAUUUUUCAGCCAUCAUGUUUCCUCAUCUAUAGACAUGUUUGCAUAGACAUUAUUUUCAAUAGUUUUGUCCAUAUCGGGAUACUAUUUGUCUAUUGUGGCUGAUUGGCCUGCCUUUCAAUCUGUGACAGAAUUCUCCAGGUGGCCAGAAGGGCUACCUGUUUGGUCUGUUCAAUGACAACAUGAUGUGCACAGUUCA